UGUUCGUUUGUUUGGCGUGUGUUUAUAGUAUUUUUGACAUAUGGCACAAGAAAAGGAGUUUGUUUGGUGAUGAACCCAUAGAUGGGUAACAAAGUUUAUAUCGUGGCAAAUUCAUAUCCAGAGACAAAAACCAUGAUUUUAAUCCGUCACUGCUGAAGGAAACUCAUAUAUUUCAACCACAAGUCGGUGCUGGAAGAAUUACCACAAUGCUCUCAGUUUUUAAGAGAUUGGCUGGUAAAUCAGAGAAUGGGACACCAAAUUGCCGACCCGGUCACCAAGCUAUGUCACAUAGCUUACAAAGGAAGUUUGCUAAAGGCGUGCAGUAUAAUAUGAAAAUCAUAAUCAAGGGUGACAGAAAUGUUGGCAAAACAUGCCUUUUCAAACGACUUCAAGGCCUUAAAUUUGUUGAGGAAUAUAUCCCUACAGAAGAAAUUCAGGUUGCUUGCAUUCAGUGGAGUUACAAAGCAACAGAUGAUGUUGUGAAAGUAGAAGUUUGGGAUGUUGUAGACAAAGGGAAAAAGAAGACUAGAUUUGAUGGUUUGAAAUUGGAUAAUGCUCAGUUAGAGGUUCCAGAAGAGCCUGCAUUAGAUGCAGAGUUUCUUGAUGUUUACAAAGGAACUAAUGGAGUGAUCAUGUUGAUGGAUAUAACAAAAAGUUGGACUUUUGAUUAUGUUCAGAGGGAGCUGCCUAAAGUGCCAAACCAUAUUCCUGUUCUAGUUUUAGCCAACCAUUGUGAUAUGGCUCAUCAUCGCACAGUCACACCAGAUCAUAUAGCAUACUAUAUUGAAGAAUUUAAAAGGCCUGCUGGUUCAGCUCAAAUACGGUAUGCGGAGUCCUCUAUGAGAAAUGGAUUUGGCCUCAAACUACUACAUAAGUUCCUAAAUCUACCCUUUCUCCAGUUACAACAUGAAACAUUACUGGCCCAGCUUGCCACAAAUGAAGAAGAAACAAAACUAACCAGUCAGGAAUUAGAUUUAUUUCUUGAAAGUGAUGAAGCAGACUACAACAAGUUUUUAGAUAACCUUGUAAACAAGAGACGACAAGUAGCAGAUUCUGCGUCAUCUGUUCCCACUCCUCAGACAACUCAACAGGUAUCACAACAGCCAACAGCCUCUACUGCUGAUACUCCAUCUGUGAAACGCAGUAAUGCUGUUCCUGUUGCUGUUCCUGUUCCUGUUGGAGGUGGCAUUCCUAUACCAGAUCAAACAGCUGGCUAUGUUUAUAAAAUGUUUGGGAAACCUAAAGAAACAACUGAAGAAUCUACUGGUGUGGAGAACAUCCAGCAACCUAGUUCAGAAGAAAAGAUUGAAACUCCCUCCAAAAAUCCCAGCACACCAGAAGUGAUAACAAGUGUUGAUGAGUUUGUGCCUGAUGGAGGACAGAUAGACAAUUCAUUUCUUGAAGACAGUCCUGUCACAUGUGCAUCUCCUGUACACAAGGAGGAAGAUACAGACAGUGAUGUGGACAAUACAAAUCCUCUUGUCACAAGGUUUCAAGAUGAACUUGACCCAGAAGAUGAGGUGACCAACAGCUUUAAUGCAAAAGAUGAUCAUUAUAUAAUUUCCUCCAGUAAAUUAUACAGUGACAAGCAGGACACAAUGGAUAACACAGAAUUUAACAUUAUGUCAGAGAAGUUUGAUUCGCUUUUAAACAUUGAGAAGAAGUCACAAAGUAUGCAAGAAAGCAAAGAUGAAUUUGGCCUGGGUGCUCAGAACUGGAAGAUCAAUUCUAAUACUUAUUCAAAUAUAAAUUUACAUUUGCUAGGACCUUUACAGACACCUGACAGCUCCACAGCAUCCAGUCCUGUCACUAUGAAGGACCACAGAAGAGAGAAAGUUAAGGGUGAUGAAAAAAAUGUCAAAAAACACAAGAAAAAACUAAACAAGGAUAAAGAACAGAAUGAGGAUAAAAAGAAGAAAAAGAAAUCUAGUAGGAAGCCCCAUCUUCUUGAAAAUAACAGGGAUGAGCUUGAAGAGUUCUUGAAUGGUACUGGUGUAAUACCAGUUGAUGCAGCGUAUGAGGCCAUCUAGCACUUGUCGUCUGUUAUCAGUGAACUACAGAGGAGAAUCUGAUGAGGAUCACCUUGCUACGGUGUCCCUGUCGUGGAUUGUUCUCUCUGUGGUAUGGGCCAACACAGCCCCAGAAACUGACUUACAAAGUGCUGAAAACAGUGACAGCAUGUUACUCAGGACAUUAUCAUUUUUCUUUUUUCACCUUUUCCUUUUUCCCAUCCUUCCUGCACCCGUCUCUCCCAACUCAUUGUUUUGUUUACCUCUCCCCUCCCCCAUCAUACAUAUCUUGCUAUUCUUUUUGUGCCCUUCUACAUUCUUGUGCCCCAUCCUCCUCCUCCUCCUCCUCCUCCUCACUACCUUGACCUCCAGUGCCCUCCAUAGUGCCAAGCUGACUAGUGCCUGAGUUGUGGAAGUUGUUUGAUGCUUUCCUGCGGUGUUUGCCGGAUCUUCCCUGCCGUGUUUGCUGGAUACUCCCCUUAACUAUGCCAUUGUAGGCAUCCCACUACACAUUUGUGAGUAGUAUUAUGUGAACACAGCAAAAACAGUGCGUUCCUACACACAUGCAGUUACUGGACUGGCCAUCUGUUGCCUUUGGUGAUUUGUGUCAUUGCUUAUGAGAUUGCUACUGCUUGCCUUCCAAAUGGUUUCAUUUGCACUUAUCUGCUCACCCCAAUGGCAGAUAGUGCUCAGCAGUGUUGUGUCUCCUAUUUGACAUGGUCUAGCUAUACUAGCACUAAUUAAAGUUGUGCUGUGUUUGAGUGCUGAAGUGGGAACUGUGCAAAGGCUAGCACUGUGCAUGGCCCUGCCCCACACUCCCUGGAUCUCCAGUCACUUCUGCAUCUACCAGAAGUUGCGUACUAAUAAUUAGCAGAUGAACUGUAUAUAAUUUUGUGUCAAAUAUAUAAAUGUUGAGUAUGUAGUGUGGUACCAUGUACAAUGUGUAUUUGAGUGAAAGAGUCAAUUACAUACAAAUUGUUGUUGUAUGUUCAUCAGUUUCAUUUGUUUAUAAUUUUUUAUACUGCUUACAUUUAGUCAAUAUCAUAUGUAAAUUUCAUAAUGUAGAUUGAAUGAAACAGAAGUGUGCUUCUCAAUAUUCAAUGUAUAACAUAUUUUUGAAAAUAAUGUUACAAUAAAAUUGUGAUUUUUAUGAA